AUGUCUUUUCGUGGAGGCGGCCGAGGCCGCGGUUUCGCUACUGGUGCCAACAGAGGAGGUCGUGGAGGCUUUCAGCCAUCGUUCGGUCCUCCGGCUCAGGUUUUAGAAAUGGGUAGCUUUAUGCACGCUUGCGAGGGUGAGAUGGUCUGCGAAUCGAUCAAUCCCAAGAUCCCCUAUUUCAAUGCUCCCAUCUACCUCGAGAACAAGACACCUAUCGGCAAGGUUGACGAAGUCCUUGGUCCCAUUAACCAAGUUUAUUUCACUAUCAAACCGCAAGAGGGAAUCGUUGCAACUUCGUUCAAGGCCGGAGACAAAUUUUUCAUCGGCGGUGACAAGCUGCUACCUUUGGAAAAGUUCUUGCCUAAGCCAAAGGCUCCACCCGGUGCCAAGAGGCCCGUUGGAGCUCGAGGAGGAGGACCCCGCGGUGGACGCGGUGGUUUUGGCGGUGGUUUUGGAAGAGGAGCACCCAGAGGCGGUGCUCGUGGCGGUCGUGGAGGGCCUGGUGGUUUCCGCGGCGGUCGGGGAGGAAGCUUUGGUGCCCCCCGGGGUCGUGGUGGUAGUGGUGGAUUUUCACGAGGUGCUCCUCGUGGGGGUUCUCGUGGAGGCUUCCGCGGACGGGGUUAG